UGAAAAGAAACAGGAAACUCGGCUGAUCAGAUCAACACUUUUACAGUGUGGGAGAAGCCGAGCGCGAGGCGUUAAUGAUUCAGUUAUAGCUUUAUAUUUAAUCAAGCAUGGCCGUCAAGGCACUCGAUUGAUGUUUUACGUUCUCUGUUUUUAUCUAUUUAACUUUAGAAACUCCAGUGCCUAAAAAACUCGAGUUUUAAGAGACUGCGCGUGAGUGAAAGAGUUGGGGAGACUCCCUCAUUCGAACCACUUGUGCAUGCCAUUUCUUUCGUUCUCCAGUUUAUUCGGUUCCUUGACGCCUUAUAUCGUUGGAAACCGGUUUAAACGCCUGAAAGAUGGGGUGCACCCUGAGCUCGGACGAUAAGAGUGCCCAGGAGAGGAGUAAAAUGAUAGACAAAAACCUGCGGGAUGAUGGAGAGAAAGCGUCGCGAGAGGUCAAGCUGCUGCUGCUCGGGGCUGGUGAAUCUGGGAAGAGUACAAUUGUUAAACAGAUGAAAAUUAUCCAUGAGGCGGGCUACUCAGAGGAGGAGUGUAAACAGUUCAGAGCCGUGGUCUACAGCAACACCAUCCAGUCCAUCAUCGCCAUCAUAAGGGCAAUGGGCCGACUUAAAAUUGACUUUGCAGAUGGUGCCCGGGCUGAUGACGCUAGGCAGCUGUUUGUACUUGCUGGCUCUGUGGAUGAGGGAUUCAUGACUGGGGAGCUGGCUGGAAUUAUCCAGCGACUAUGGAAGGAUGCAGGAGUGCAGGCUUGUUUCGGCCGCUCCAGAGAGUACCAGCUUAAUGACUCUGCCUCAUACUACCUGAAUGACCUAGACCGAAUAUCCAAUGCUUCUUACGUACCCACUCAGCAAGAUGUCCUGAGAACUAGGGUGAAGACUACAGGUAUCGUGGAGACCCACUUCACCUUCAAAGAUCUUCACUUCAAAAUGUUUGAUGUGGGUGGUCAGAGAUCUGAGAGGAAGAAAUGGAUCCACUGCUUUGAGGGUGUGACCGCCAUUAUCUUCUGUGUGGCUCUCAGCGAUUAUGACCUUGUCUUGGCUGAGGAUGAGGAAAUGAACCGAAUGCAUGAAGCUAUGAAGCUGUUUGACAGCAUCUGCAACAACAAGUGGUUCACAGACACUUCCAUCAUCCUGUUUCUCAACAAGAAGGACCUGUUUGAGGAUAAGAUCAAGAAAAGCCCACUUACUAUUUGUUUCCCAGAGUAUGCCGGAUCCAGCACGUAUGAGGAUGCAGCCGCCUAUGUUCAGUGCCAGUUUGAGGACCUGAAUAAGAAGAAGGACACCAAGGAGAUCUACUCCCACUUCACGUGCGCCACAGAUACAAAGAAUGUGCAGUUUGUCUUUGACGCAGUCACUGAUGUCAUCAUCAAAAACAACCUGAAAGACUGUGGGCUCUUUUAAGUUCAGCCAACUCACUGUACAACGUUGAGCGGCCUGAUGUGAAAUCUUUGGGAGAAUCGGAGCAUGAGCAAAGUCAACCAUCAACUUGAAUGUUGAAUGCAUUACUUAACUUUUUAUUUAUGUUCUCUGAACAUUUUUAACAUUUUUAGAAAGUUUUAGAAAAAAGCCUUUUGUGUAAAAUAUUUGUAAUAUCUGUAAUUGUUGCUUUAUUUAGGUUUAUACUUUACAGAACCUUUGUAUUGGAUAUUUUCACUUUAAGGGUUUUUGGGAACAAUUUUCUGUCUCUGAAUAUUAAGGUCAUGUGCUUUCACUAUUAUUUGCAGUUCAUGUUGCAGUGCUUUUUUCUCUCGACUAAAUUAAGAGCCACUUGCUGUUUAUCCCCAAUGUUAUCAUAAAUAAGUUUUCACUUGUGCAUCGAAUAGAGUAUGAAUACAAGAGAAUUUUAAGACCAAACUAUUUGAAGGGAACAAAUUCAAGAUUUUUGCACAUUACUUCCUUGUGUGGUCAAAAUAUAUAUAUAUAUAUUUUUGUCAUUUAUAUGAGAAACGUGUAUGGUGAUCUGAGUACACCCACAAUACAAGGACAGUGUGUGCAUGUCAGAUUUGCCUGUGAUUGGAAUGAUGGAAAAACUGUGGUGAGAGACUCAUUUGUUAAUGAAUUUGGUCCUCUGCACCUGCAACUCAUGAGCUGUUUUAAUGGAGUACUCUGCAAAAGGUCACGAUAUUUUAUGUGUUCUAUGAAGUAAUGCGAUAACAGGCAUUUUAUUGAUCAAAGGGAACAGUUUAUUUCUAUAAAAGGGACCGAAGGCUUUUACGCUUCUGAAUUCCAAUAACGCAUUUCUUUUUGCACUAGGUCCAUAUAAUCCAUGUUAUGUAACACAUGAGUCAACCACCUUUACAAUGUAAUGUGUGGUAGAAAGUGCGCAGACAUCUUUUCUGACAGUAAUGUAUGAUUAGUUCAAAUGGUUUUAAAUUUCACAUCCCUAAAAUGUCAGUUCUUAUUGGAUGGAAACAAAUGUUGACUAAUAUCCACUAUUUUGCUAAUAAAAAUGCGGUUGCAAUGACAGCAUCCUGAAAUCGAUUUGUCAAGUGCUUUCUUUGUUUUUAAACCAUAAUUUGGGAGAAUAAUCCAUUCUAUACAGAUUCUGUAAAUAGAGACUUUCACAUGUAGUGACCGAUUUCAUCAGCCUAUUUUCAAUUAACCGGUUAAAAGACUUGUUUGAUAACCUUGGUGUUGCUUUCAUAAACCGCUUCAGCCUUGUCAAUGAAUACUGCACAAGUUCAAAUUUCUGUGUUUAAAUAAGUUCCUGUCAACUUCAAUAUUGUGUUAAAUAAGUAUUCAUUUAAAUUCAGAUGUUAUUUGCUGUAUUUAAAUUGUGCUAAUUUGAUAUAAUAUUGUCUAACUUGCCUCCUAUUAAAAAACGUGCAUUUUAGCAUUUAUGGACUGGCCCCAUUCACUGCUAAGUUCCUUACUGUAACUGGGAUUUUUGCUUGUGUUUUAAGGGGAUAGUUCACCCAAAAAUGACUGUUUUCUCAUCAUUUACCUUAUCAUCCUCAUACCAUCCCAGAUGUGUAUGACUUUCUUUCUUCAGCAGAACAUAAAUUAAGAUUUUUAGAAGAAUAUUUCAGCUCUGUAGGUCCUUUCAAUGCAAGUGAAUGGUGACCAGAACUUUGUAACUCCAAAACUUAUAUAAAGGAAACAUAGAA